AUAUUUCUUGUCUGUCUUUACUGGACCAGGAUUAAUACUAGUAUGUAGUAUGUUUUACUAUAAUUUUUCUAUUAAAAAUUAAAAAACACGACUAGUAUGAUUUGAGUAAUUUGAAUAAUGAAAGCGAACAUUAGUGGAUGCUUGAAAAGUAAUUACCUUAAAGUCACUGUCAGUACCGAUAAGUUGAAUUGAAUCUUAUCACAAUUGUCUUUUUUUUUCUGGCUGAGAUUAGUUGAGACAAGAAACGAGAUAAAUGUGAGAAAAUAUGAACGGUUCUGUACUCCUAUUUAUCAAUGAGCUAUCAUUAUUUGCUGGAAAUUUUAUCAAGGAACACAUAUUUUUAUUUUAAAAAAAUCCAAUCAAAAGAGUCUGUAAAUUAAUGCAUGAUGGUGUGACUUAUGUCCUUAUCAAUUUUAAAGAUCAUAACGUCUGAACUAUUAUUUCUAACCUACUUUCUACAGAAAAUGCUUAUUAUUUUCUGAUUCUACCCUACUUACUUUGUGAUCCACGGAGCUGUAUUGUGGUGGUUGCCGUGGCAACUUAACGGCUUAGUUAAGGUUCAAUCCAUCCCCUUUUAAUUAACGAGAUGAAAAUGUAGUAAAAUGUAAUAAUGUCUAUGCAAUACACAACUCGCAUACAUGUCUUUUUCAGUAGAUUUAUAUGAACGCAACUUGCAUGCAUGCAUGCAUGCCUUCUCUGCAACCAGCAUGAGUAUGUUUUCUUUUUUUUUUGGCACUAACUCAAGUAACGAAUGUGAUUGGUUUACUUGGUUAUACGUUUUCUUGUCAAGGAUUAUACGUUUUCUUGUCAAGGAUCGCUUUUGCAAUUCAAUAAUUCGGUGAAGAGUCGUUUUCCCGUGUGCUUACAUGAGAUAUCGAUUUAUAUAAAAAGCUGUAGAGUAGACCAACAUGCUAUUAAAAAACAUGGGUUAAACAUAUAUUAUAAAACAAAUACGCUAGCAGCUUGACUCGGAUAUGGAUAAGUUACAAAAUUAUGUGGACAAGAAUUAAUUUUAUCAUCUUUGUUUUUUUUGGUAAAUUAUGUCGUCUCCUAACUAUUCGAAAACUUAUCCACUUGAUAAUGUAUACAAAUAAGUCAGGGAGAACUUCUAUUUUGUAAAAAUAUACCUGCAUUGAUAAAGACAGAAACUCAAUUCUCAAAGGGCAAAUGGCCUUACAACAAAAGAAAAAGAGGCCAAGUGUCUCUUCUAACAAAACAUAUAAAAAACAAGAGAUGCUACAUACCCACUAGAUCGAACCAGAUUCUUAGCAUACCCAACACUCAAUAAAAAGUGCGACAAUAUUAUUAUACAUAGUUAUGAUACGAUCGAGUAGCUGCAGAGAAUCGUUAUUUUCUUCACCUCGCAACCUCCUAAUUUCGUCCAGUUCAAGCCAAUGUUUCAUCAAGAUCUCAAUCUUGAUUCAAGCAUUCUAUAAAGUGACAUACAUGAGUGAUGGGUGUAUUUAAUACAUCCACUUGCUACAUCUCCCACAAUUAACUCAUAGUUUCACAUACCAACUUGGUUGCUUAUAGAUAUCGAGAUGGCGUUGAAUUGGGGACCAGUGUUAAUGUCGGUGAUUCUGUUCAUCGUAUUGACUCCCGGAGUAUUGUUUCAGCUUCCGGGGAAGAGCAAAGUGGUUGAGUUUGGCGGUUUUCAGACAAGCGGCGCAGCCAUUGUCAUACACACUCUCAUAUUCUUUGCAUGUAUCACAGUCUCCCUUAUCGCUCUUCAUAUCCACAUAUACGCUGCCUAAUUAAUUCAACUUUGCACCGAUCGCUAUGUGCAUCCUUAAUUAUACUUACCACUAAUUUUGUUAUUGUUUUUGAUCAACUGCGCUUCCUGAUUCCCAUUUAAGUACUUGUACUGGAAUUACAAUAAAAUUAUAUGAUUUCAUUUACCGUUUUUUUUUGUUAGUACCCUCUAUAAUUAUAUCAUUUCAUUUCUAUAUAAGAACCAUCACUGCAUGCGUGGACGAGUAUACUAUUCAUUUUCCUAAACUAUAAUCUACAAAUAUGAAUACGGAGACAGAGACAGUAGUAAUGUAGUAUAGUAUUAGUAACAUUGUUGAAAACUAUUCAGACAAAGUAUAAUAUUAAGAUAUACUAUAUAAUAGCAUCGACUUUACAACUUGAUCAUAAGAUGUAUUAAUUAACGUAUGAAAACAACAUGCGAGUAUAUAUACUCUGAUGAUAUCUUCAAGAAGCAACAUAUGUUAAUUAAUUAGUAUCCCUCCCAUUAACUUGCACUCAAUGAUAACCAGCUAUCCUCACGUCAAAUGUAGUACAGCUUAUCAAGUUGAAGUUUUGUUAUUUUUGAAUUUCAGUCACGACUUGAUUAAUACAGCAGCUUCAUAAAGUUUAAAAUAACUACGGCCACUACAUUAACUUUAUGUAACGCCGUAGACAUUUGGGCUUUUACAAGGGCCCAAAUAAUUGCAAAAACAAUGGCCCAUAUAAACGGGAUACCAGAACAGUGAGUGAAUCACACCGUGAACGAACGAAUCACCUGCCUUGGUUGCUUCUCCAAGUAAAAACAUAAACCCUCUUUAAAUCCCCUAGCAUCCGCCCAGAAACAGUGCUAUCUGAGAAUCUGAUCCUUAAAUCGAAGAAGAAAUUUCCACAGCCUCCCAAGUUAGUCCUCUCUCUCUUUCUCUCUCUUCGAGUAUACUUCCUCCUGAUCUCCUUUUCACUGAACGAGUUGGUUGAGCGCUUGUGAUUAUGUAAUUUUGAGUAUAUUUGUCUCAGCUAGCUUAGUUAUUGGGCUGAAACUUUAUGAUGUAUUAAAAGUUUUCUACUUGGUGAUAUUAUGAGCAUGUGUCUACUAGUUUUGAAGUAAUCUUUGAUCGAAUUUGUAUCCAAAUUUUCCGACUAGAGAUACUUGACGAUAAAUUCAAACUUAAGUGUAGUUUCUUUUGUGAUUAUCUGUUGUAUUAUCUUCUGAGGUUUAGGUGUGCAUAAGAGGAUUGUGAUUAAUCAAUGCUGGUUUUGACGAUAUAUCAAUGUGUGUGUGUUACUGAUGAGUUUGAUGCGGUUUUUUUUCAGGGCAGCGCAGUCCAUAAAAUCAAAAGAGAUUGAAACGAAGGUUCCGAAGAAGGACAUCCCGAAAGAGAAGGAUUAGUGUGUGUGAUUUGUUGUAUACACCAUUGUCUACUUAACUAUUGUAGCUGUGAAUACUGGACACGCAUCUCUUUGGUUGUUUGGACAUGUAUACGUAUGGUCUCGGAUACGAUAGUAGUAGCCACUACAAAAUCCUGAGAUUUAUUGAUUAUCCCCCAAAUUUCGUUGAGUUCAAAAUCUAUGACUUCAAAUCAUGGACGAUUCUUGAUCUCCCUCCUCGUCCAGACAACUGGAAUAUAGAACUUGGUGAACGCGGGCUAUCUUUGAAAGGAAGUACCUACUGGUUUGCAUCAGAAGCUUUGAAUUUUGAUGCCAUUUGUUUCUUAGUCUGUUUUGAUUUCACAACAGAGACAUUCUCCCCGCCUUUGCCUCUCCCCUUUGAGGCUUUCCCUGACGAUACUUUGAUUCUAUCAUCAUCAUCAUCAUCAUCAUCAUCAUCUCCGCAGCAGCUUGUGGUUUUAUUCCAGUCUAUGGAUACAAUGGAGAUGGAGAUCUGGAUUUCCAAUACGAUUGAGCAGCCCAACGCAGGCCUGUCCUGGAACAGCAAGGUUUUCUUAUCGGCCAAUAUCAAACAACUCAUUCACCCCAUUGGCAGUUUCUUCAGAAAUCUGUGAGUUUCUUCAUUGACCAGGAGAAGAAAGUCGCGGUGGUUUUUUGAUAAAAACGCCCAUAAUGGUACCUCCACUCGUGAAAUAGCUUACAUCUUUUUUGGAGGAGGAGUGGAUGAUGAUGGAUCAUCCUUGAAACAACAAGUUGUUAAAGAAUCUAAAUACCCAUUUUGUUAUUCACGUGCUUGCUAUUAUGUUCCAAGCUUAGUGCAACUCAACUAGUCCACCUAUUAUUAUUAUUAUU